AUGUCGACUAAAACAGCACCACAGACCCAACUUCGACUGGAGUGGGUCUAUGGAUAUAGAGGACACCAGUGCAGGAACAACUUAUUUUACAACACCAGCAAGGAUGUCAUCUAUUUCGUCGCCGGCAUCGGGAUUGUUUAUAACGACAGAAAUCAUAAACAACGCUUCUAUCUUGGUCAUGAUGAUGAUAUCUUGUGCCUCACUUUACAUCCUGAUAGAUCUUUGGUGGCCACAGGACAGACAGGAAAGAGUCCAUUCAUUUGUGUCUGGGACUCUAGCACAAUGGACACUGUGUCCAUACUUAAGGAUGGACACCAAAAUGGAGUUGCUGCAGUAGCAUUUGACAGAGAGGGAACACGCCUGGUAUCAGUCGGGUUAGACCAGCAGUCGACCAUCAAUGUUUGGGAUUGGAAGAGAGGAAAAGUAUUGGCUACAGCAAGAGGCCACACUGAUAGGGUAUUUGAUGUGCAGUUCCAUCCCUUCAAAGAAAACACUGUUGUAAGCUGUGGUGUGAAACACAUUAAGUUCUGGACACUUUGUGGGAAUUCUUUGACCUCCAGGAAGGGUGUGUUUGGGAAAACUGGCGAGAUACAGAGUAUUAUGUGUCUAGCUUUUAGCUUCUCUGACAACACAACUUACUCAGGCACUAUGAGUGGAGACAUUUACAUAUGGAAGGAAAACAACCUCGAUAGAGUUGUACAGGAGGCACAUAAGGGUGCUAUCUACAGUCUUGACCAUGGAGAUGAGGGCUUCGUGACCGGUGGAAAAGAUGGUUGUGUACGGCUUUGGGACUCCGACUUCAAUCCGAUAACUACGGUUAAUCUGCUCAAUACACACAUAGGAUACAAAGGUUUAUGUGUACGAAGUGUAUGCUGGAGGGGAGAACGUGUCCUCUGUGGGACCCAGGACAGUGAGAUAUUUGAGGUGUUGGUACGGGAGCGAGACAAACCUCAGUGCCUUGUACAGGGUCAUGCUGAAGGGGAGCUCUGGGCCCUCGCUGUUCAUCCACGCAAGCCUGUAUUUGCCACAGGAAGUGAUGAUCAGACACUCAGAUUGUGGAAUAUGAACAACUUUGAAGUUCUCUCUAAAACAUCUGUUGAUCAGAAGAUCAGAUCUUGUGCCUUUGAUAAUGAUGGAAAUCACAUUGCCGUUGGGCUUAUGGAUGGCUCCUUUUUGGUGCUAAAGGUUGGAGAUUUUGCAGAGGUUGUACAUAUCAAAGACAGAAAGGAGGUGAUUCAUGAGAUGAAGUUCUCUCCUUGUGGUAAGUUCUUGGCAGUGGCCUCUAACGACAACUUUGUGGAUGUGUACUCGGUGGAGCAGCGCUACAAACAAGUAGGAAUGUGUAAGGGCAGUUCCAGUUUCAUCACACACAUUGACUGGUCAGAGGAUAGCAAGUUUCUUCAGACGAACAGCGGUGCUGCAGAGAGACUCUUCUAUAGAAUGCCAGUGGGCAAACAGCUUACCAAUAGGGAGGAAAUUGUCAACAUCAGAUGGCAUACAUUCACUGGUGUUUUGGGCUCAGAGGUCAAUGGAAUCUGGGAGAAAUACACUGACACCAACGAUAUUAAUGCCGUGGAUGCCAACUUUCAAGCAGAGACCAUCGUCACUGGUGAUGACUUUGGCCUGGUCAAAUUGUUCAAAUUUCCUUCUCUGCGGAAAGGUGCCAAAUUCAGGAAAUACAUAGGCCACUCAUCUCAUGUCACCAAUGUUCGGUUCUCAUAUGACAAAAGUCGAGUGAUAACUACAGGGGGAGCUGACCACAGCGUGUUCCAGUGGCGUUUUAUCGGUGCUGACGGCUCUGGUGCUGAAGGCUUGGUUGAUCCUCAGAGUGGUUACCUGGAUUCCAACAGUGAGGCUAGUGACUCAGACAUGUCCGAUAUUGGUGAGGUAGACUCCGACCUUGAGCAGGAAAAACAGAUCAAAUAUGACCGUGCUGUUUACAAAGAGGAUGCAAAAACUAUUCGAAAGAUGAUUAAGGCUGAAAUGGGUAGUGGUCAGAAACGCAAGAAGGGACCAGAUGUAGGUCUCAAGCUGGAAUACAUCCAUGGGUACCGUGGUUACGACUGCAGAAACAACUUGUUUUAUACACAGAAUGGUGAAGUAGUUUACCAUGUGGCUGCAGCAGGCAUUGUGUACAACAGAGAAAACAACACACAGAGAUUUUACACUGAGCAUACUGACGAUAUACUCUGUCUGUGUAUACACCCACUCAAAGACUUAGUCGCUACUGGUCAGGUGGGACGUGAUCCAGAAGUCCAUAUUUGGGAUACAGACACUCUCAAAACAGUCUCUGUACUGAAGGGACAACACCAGCGAGGAGUGUGUGCUGUAGACUUCUCAAGUGAUGGGAAAAGGUUAGCUUCCAUUGGACUGGACGAUAACCACUGUAUAGUGGUGUGGGACUGGAGGAAAGGAGAGAAACUGGCCACCACCAGGGGCCACAAAGACAAGAUUUUUGUGAUCAAGUGGAAUCCAUUUGAGACAAACAAACUCAUCACAGUUGGAGUGAAGCACAUCAAGUUCUGGACUCAGACAGGUGGUGGUUUUACAUCGAGUCGUGGGACCUUUGGCAACGUGGCCAAGUUGUGUGACAUGUUGUGCAUAACAUUUGGGAAGGCUGUAGAUUUGUUCUACUCAGGUGGGAGUGAUGGAAAUGUGUUUGUGUGGCAGGACACCAAACUGCAGCGCACAGUGAAGGCACACGAAGGUCCUGUGUUCGCCAUGCAUUCCCUGGACAAGGGUUUUGUGACUGGAGGAAAGGAUGGGGUGGUCGGACUGUGGGACGACCAGUUUGAGCGAUGUUUGAAGACCUACUCAAUUAAACAAGCUUCCAUAGCCCAGAACUCACGAGGUAUGUUGAUAUCCGAGUCUCCAUCCAUCAGGGCAAUAGUUCUGGGACACGGCAAGAUUCUACUGGGGACGCGCAAUGGUGAAGUACUGGAGGUGGACAAGGCAGGUCCAAUGACAUUACUCACACAGGGCCACAUGGAGGGAGAAUUAUGGGGUCUUGUUGUCCAUCCACGCAAGAAGGUAUGUGCGACCGUCAGUGAUGAUAAGACUCUCCGCAUCUGGGACCUAACAGACCAUAGAAUGAUUAACUACAAGCAGUUGAAGCAAGCAGGCAGAUGUGUCGACUUUUCCUCUGAUGGCAAAUUUCUGGCUAUAGGACUUAAAGAUGGAAGUUUUAUGGUGAUUAACUCUGACUCAAUGGAUGAAAUUUUAUCAUUCCACCACAGAAAGGAGGAAAUUUCAGACAUAAAAUUUUCUCCAGAUCCUGUCAAGUACCUAGCUGUAGCCUCUCACGACAACUUUGUGGACAUCUACAAUGUACAAAACCAGAAGAGGGUGGGAACAUGUAAAGGAGCCUCUAGCUACAUCACACACAUUGACUGGGAUAGGACAGGUAAAGUCCUUAUGGUCAACAGUGGUGCUAGAGAACAGCUGUUUUUUGAGGCACCCAGGGGCAAACGUGUUACUCUGCGGCACGCUGAAAUAGAGAAAUUUGAUUGGAUGACAUGGACGUCGGUGUUGGGACACACCUGUGAGGGAGUGUGGCCACCAAAGAGUGAUGUCACUGACGUAAACGCUGUCUGUGUAAGCAAUGACAAAGGUGUUAUUGCUACAGCUGAUGACUUCGGAUUUGUGAAACUGUUCCAGUAUCCAGUAAAGGAAAAAUUUGCUAAAUACAAGAAAUAUGUGGGUCACAGUGCCCAUGUGACCAACGUUCGUUUUACUGUUGAUGAUAACCUAUUGGUGUCAACUGGUGGGGCCGACACAGCCAUCAUGGUAUGGCGAUAUCGUAACACAACAGAGGGACCUGUAACUACAUGUGGUGAAAGUGAUGACUCUGACACUGACUCCGAGGAAGAAGGAGGUUAUGAUAGUGAUGUGGAGCGAGAGAAAAAUUUGGACUAUGCCAGCAAAAGCUACACAAAUCCCAUUAGAGAAAGGAAGGGAGUGAAACCUCAUCUACAGGAUGGUGCUGGAGUACAGGCAAAAUCCGGAUUCAAGCGCAAGCCUCCAAAACCUCCUAAGGUUCAAAGGUCAGAGGCUCCAUCUGCAGGUUCAAAGAGGAAAAAGACAACACAAGUGACAGAUCUACAAUUGGACUAUGUGUUUGGAUACCGUGGAUUUGAUUCUCGUAAUAAUCUCCAUUAUAUAAACGAGGGUGCUGAUAUCAUCUUCCACACCGCUGGAGCAGGCAUCGUCCAGAACCUGUCUUCAGGUCAUCAGAGUUUUUACCUAGAACACACAGAUGACAUCAUUUGUCUUGCGGUCAAUCAGCAUCCCAAGUUUAAAGGUCUGGUUGCCUCAGGACAGAUCGGCAUUGUACCAUCUGUCCAUGUGUGGGAUUCUGCCACCAAGGAAACAAAGUCUAUCCUAAAGGGCAGUCACUCUAAGGGUAUUUGUGCAGUAGACUUCUCCUGCUCAGGGAAAUAUUUAUUGUCAGUCGGACUUGAAGAUGACCACAAUGUGACAGUGUGGAGAUGGCAAGAAGGGUCACAAGUUGGAACAGCUGCUGGACAUAACGAGAGAAUUUUUCAGGCUGAAUUCCGACCAGACUCUGAUAGUCAGUUUGUUACUGUUGGUGUGAAACAUGUCAAGUUCUGGACGGUUGCAGGCAGUGAGUUGAGAGGUAAACGUGGUAUACUGACCACAGCAGGGAUGGACCAAGGUACCACAGUCAAGAUGCAAACCAUGCUGUCAUUAGCUUUUGGGGCGAACAACUUGACAUACACUGGAGCCAUGAGUGGGGAUGUGUAUGUAUGGAAGGACACCACACUUGUCAGAAUGGUACAGAAAGCUCAUAGUGGGCCUGUCUUCACCAUGUUUACAACCCUCAGGGAUGGACUCAUUGUUACUGGUGGGAAGGAACCAGCAUCAAGAGAAAGUGGGCCUGUAAAACUGUGGGACCAGGAGAUGAAGAGAUGCCGUGCCUUCUCGGUGCAGGAAGGCAACUUAAAGCCUUCAGUUGUGAAGUCUGUGUGUAGAACAAAGGGUAAAAUCCUAGUGGGGACAAAGGGAAACACUGUGGUGGAGGUAGCAGAGAAGAGUGGAACGACCUCAGUGUUGGUCGGGGGCCAUGCAGAGGGGGAGGUUUGGGGUCUCGAUGUUCACCCUUCCAGCCCCUGUUUUGUCACAGCCAGCUUUGACGGAACAGUCAGAUACUGGGACCUAGGAAAAAAGACUACGAUUGCGAAACUUGACAUUGGGGCAGCCAGAUCAGCAGCAUUUAGUGUAGAUGGUGAGAUGUUAGCUGUGGGCCUCAAAAAUGGCGAGUUUGUGGUGUUGAGCACCAAUGGCUUAAAGCUGUGGGGAAAACGCCGAGAUCGAGCUGGUGCCAUCAACGAUAUCAGGUUCAGUCCUGAUGGUAAGAUACUUGCUGUUGGGUCAGAGGAUUGUUGUGUUGAUUUCUAUGACAUCAGCAAAGGGCAGUCACUCCAGCGGGCAGGUUACUGCAAAGGUAUUCCUACUUUUGUCAUCCAGAUGGACUUCUCUGCGGACAGUCAGUACAUCAGGGUGAGCACAGGAGCCUACAUUCACCAGGUGUUUAAAGUACCCAAUGGAGUUUUAGUGAGUGACCAGAAAAUCACAGAUAACAUCACAUGGGCAUCUUGGACAAGUACUCUAGGGGAUGAAGUACUAGGAAUCUGGCCAAAGGACUCAAGUGGUGGUGAUAUCAACUGUACUCACUUGUCUCACCUUGGUAACGCCCUUGCUACUGGGGAUGACUUUGGUUUUGUCAAAUUGUUUGAGUUCCCGUGCCCAGACAAACAAGUGCAGCCUAAGUCUUUUGUUGGUCAUUCUGCCCAUGUGACCAAUGUAAGGUUUAUGUUCGAUGACAAGUAUCUCAUCAGUACAGGUGGUGAUGACUGCAGUAUUUUUGUGUGGAAAUGCAUCUAAAUGUGUUUCCUGGACUCCACACUGCUAACCUGGUUACCAAGGACCCUGCAUUAUACCUGGUUACUAAGGACCCCGUAUUACUUGGUUACCAAGGACCUUGCAUUAUGUAGUUACCUGGUUACCACCUACUGUCCUGGUUAGUUAGAACCUGGAAGAUUACUGGAUUCAACACUGCUCACCUGGUUACCAUGGACGUAAGAAUUCACGGAUUCCAGACUCCUUAACCCAUCACUAAGAACAGUAGAAUUCCAACAUACUGUCAGGAUUGUGUUCCAGUGAGAUACACAUUUGCUAUCAUAUGCUGAUAAAUUAACUCUUUUCUUCUCUUUCAAAUGAAUCUGCUCAGAAUAGACAGUAUCACUUUCUUCUGUAACGUGAUACCUAGAGAAAUAGCAGCUAAAGUCGUCACAUUCUACACAAACAUGUUGAUGAGUGGUAUCCUCAAAGGAACUCUUAAGACUUGUUUAGUUUGAAUAUCUUGUUGCAUACAGUUGUCUGAUUUAUGCUAUAAAUUCUAAUGUUUGUGCCUCAAAUUUUUUUUUUUUUCGAUAUCCGUCCAGAUGAUUUCAUUACAAUAUACUUUGUCUAAACCUGAUACACACACCUCUAAUGGGACUGCAUAAUUUGGUUGGUUUUCACGAAAAAUUAUAGAGCGAUCAUUUGUUAUAAACAUUUUGGAGACCACAAAAUUUCAAUAGGUCUCAGAAUCUAGACAAAGUAUAAACUGCACAAUAUAUACACAAUGUACAUUUUGUAGCAUUUGUUCAUUUUGUUAAAUUUACUGGAAGUUAUUGUGUGAACAUUUUAAUGUCACAUAGCAGCAUCCGAACAUGUGAUAGUUGUUUACAGGACCUGCUUUCUGUCCAUUGUUUACCUGUUUUGAGAUUUUAUUUUAUCCAGUACUUGAUUGUAUGACCUCUGACCCACGAAUAUAAUUAACAUAAUACCACUUUAUGAAUGAUUUAUUGUUGUAUGUAAGAUAAUGUGUUUUCUACAGGAAAUGUAAAAUCAGAUCUCUAGUAUCAACUGAUAGUGUGGCACCAACAUAUAAUAUACAAAUUAGGAAUUAUUGUGGCUCUCCGAUAUUUCCCAAAAUGUUUAUGUCAUUGUUAUUGUGUUUUAAAUCAGUUUACAUAUAUAAAGGUAUAGGUCACAUACUGAACCUUUUGCUUCUCUGUGUCCGAAGGACAAACAUGCGGUUGCAUGUUGUUUUGUGGUGUGUGGCCAUCUGUCAAUAAUUUCUUAAAUCUGCUUUUCUGGACCAACAUCAUGAAUUUAAGUUGUACAUAUAGCUUGACUUCAUGUAGAGUUUAAGGGCAGGACAAGAAAUUUUUGAUUUGACUGAACUGAUUCAAAGGAAUUUUAAUUAUGUAAUGUAAGAAGCUUAUUUAGGUGGUGGGAAUCCAGAAUUGUCCAGCCCCAGGGUGCUGAUUUGGUUAUUGAUUUUGGUCUUUGCAAGCCACUGCAUGAUAACUUGGCCUUUCCUUCUCAACUUAUUAACAUGCCAUGUAAUGGCUGAGCAUCAAGUAAAGAACACAAACAUACUAAAAGAUUUGGUAUUUGGGCUGGCCCUAUCCCCAAGUUGCAACAUGGGGAGAUCAACGCUGUCGUGCUACAAAGAUUAUCUAACUUUGUCUCCAUGGUCUUAACAUGAAAAAGGUUAAAAUAUACAGACUUAAACCAUUUACUAUGAAACAAUGUAUUAAUUACUACAUUUUGAUUAAUUAUUGAGUCUUAUUUAUCAGGAAAUACUUACCAUAACCAUACUUAUGACAUUAACUGGGACUAUUUUGCCAUUUGAGGUAAUAGCUAGGUGAGUGAAGCUGGCUCUCUAGAUCUCAUGUUGUUUAUAAAGAAUUGUGUAUGUGAUGGUUCAUGAUCAGUAUGUAUUAUCUACACUGUAGAUGACAGAAAUUUAUUAAAUACUUCAGAAUUUACAAGUUAUAUACAUGUUUAUAUAAAAUAUUUUAUUGAAUAGAUCUGAGCCAUACAGGCCAUUUUGGUCUCUUGUUUUAUAUGAAAUUAUACACAUUCCUAUGAUAGGUACAUUUCCAUGUGUAUACUGGUAUACACUGAUAAGAUUUUCUGAGUUUUUUGGUUUAAAACUCUUAAAAUCUGUCUAACUUUUAUGUGCCUGUUUUAUAACAUAGAUUUAGACUAUCCAUGAAAUAGUAUUCUUGUAAUGUUUAGCAACUUUUUACUUUUAAGCUACAAUAAGGGACAUGUCCCUGCUAUAAUAGAGUACUGUGUUUCUGGUAUAUCAUUUAACCAAUGGUGACUGAAAAUAGUGUAGCAUUUUGAUAAACUUUAUAUUUACAUAACUUUCACAUCAUAAUGUAUAGACAUUGAGCAUUGUAAUAUUGCAAUACAGUUAUGUCAAUAGGUGUAUAUAUUAGUAUUAUAAUGCUGGUAGGUUAUAAUUAAUUGUAGCUAUAAAAUAGUAUCACUGUAUUAUUUUCAUAAUUUGCUUGAGAAAGAAAACAAUUCAUUAUGGAAUGCUGAUGAAAUCUACAGGUCACCAGCUGUAAGAUUUCAUUCAAGUGCGCAUGAUCAAAAAUUUCUUGUGACAGCAUUUGGAGAAAACUGUGCAUGAUUAAUUUAUUAUCAUCUAUAUACACUAACUAGCUCACCUGUUUCAAUAAGUUGACUAAAUCCAAAACCUUCUGCCUUCUUGUUGACCAAAUCUAGGUCUGCUGAAGAAUAUAUCACUCGUUACUAUACAACAUGGUGAGGGUAGGGAUGGGUGACGGGGAACUAAAUAUUCAUUUUCUAUAGAUCAGCUGCUACUUGUGUCCAGUUAUGGGUUCAUGGGAUUCAAAUGUUCAGGUCUCAUAAAAUACACUUUAUUGUGAUUUUUUUAUGGUGAACAAUUCAUAUCUUUAAACACUUAAAUGGAUGGAGUGAUCAUUAGAAACCAUGAUCAGCCCUCUGGAAGGUUUAGAUAGUAAUCGAUAUUAUGCAAGACAUUUUCACUGUAAAUGCUUGCUCUACCUCUAAUUUUCCUUCUGUUGAUGGUCAUGCUGCUUGACAAAUCACCAACGUUGGUUUCAUAGACAAAUGAAGAGGACUUUCAGGAGACUAUAGGGAGUGUCUUGUUUGGGUUUUUGAUUUCUCAAGAUAUGUAAAAUUGUGUUCUGAUCCGAUGUUACAAUGUAACCAGCAAGACAAUAGGUAAUUACUUAUUGGGAGCCAAAAGUUGAGAGCCUCCUGGGUAUGCUUUUCUCAUCAGCACCAUUAUUUUGUUUUAUACAUGCAUCUUCCACAAAAACAGUUUGGGUAAUAUCUCUUUGUCCAAAGCCAUAAGUGCUUCAUUAAUGGAACUGACCUCAAAGUGCAUACAUAUAGUAAAAUCCGUCCAUACUUUCAUCAUUGUAAAAUCAGUCUUUGAUCUCCUUGGCUAUAGAUCAAGCUGGGGACGAUGUCAGCAAGUUUUAUGAAGCAGCUGUUUUGUUUUAAGACAAAAACAUUCCCUUAUGAUGAAGUGUGUUCUCAGAUUGUUUUCAAUGAAUGCCAUGCUGAUGUAUGUGACGAGGGUUUGACAACGGUAUGUGGUAUAUAGAGGAUGAUAGAAGAAAUAUUUUGUAGAUUUUAUACACUGGAGUAUUACACUGGUCAUAAUGCAGAUGUUUAUUUUGUCACAGAUAUGACUACAUUCUUCAUGUAUAUUUCAUAAAUUGUACAAAAUAACUAUUUUUUGCAUUGAUGAUAAUUACUGGCAUGUUUUGUAAAGUUUAUACACAUAAUGACAACAUGACAAAAUUAUAACAAGUAUUGAUGUGGUCAUCGUUAUUUUAUUUUUUUGUUGUGGUGUCAAAACUAUCAAUAUUUUCCCCUUGGAUGUGAUAUCUGCUGUUUCUUAAAUGUUUUCAGACCAGCUAAUAAUUAUGAACUAGUACCGGUAGUUUA